GCGAACCAGUCACCAGUCCUCGCCGCCGUCGCCGUCGACGUCCCCGCCGCAGCCGGCGUCGAACCGCCCCGUCCCCGAUGUUCGCGAAGCGCUUCCUGCAGAAGAAGCUGCACCAGGGAGGGGGCGGAGAAAAAGGAGGAGGUGGUGGAGGAGGGGCGGCGGCGGCCGGCGAUGCGGCCCAGCUGGACGCGCAGAUCGCGCUCCACUACGGGGUCCCCUACGCCGCCUCCGUCAUGGCGUUCGACCCCGUGCAGCGGCUCCUCGCCGUCGGGACGCUGGAUGGCAGGAUAAAAAUCUUUGGGGGUGAUAAUAUUGAAGGCAUCCUCAUAUCGCCAAAGAGCAUGCCAUACAAGUAUCUUCAGUUUAUACAAAAUCAGGGGAUACUAAUUGCAGUUUCUAAUGAGAAUGAAAUCCAGGUAUGGAAUCUUGAAUUCAGGCAGCUAUUUCAUUCUUCCCAGUGGGACGUCAAUAUUACUGCUUUUUCAGUCAUAGAAGGGACCUUUCUGAUGUACCUUGGUGAUGAGAAUGGCCUGCUUUCUGUAUUAAAGUAUGAUGUAGAUGAUGGGAAUCUUCAAAAGAUGCCUUACAAUGUUUCCAUACAUUCCUUAGCUGAAGCAGCUGGUGUUCCCUUGCUUGAUACUCAACCUAUUGUUGGAAUAUUGCCUCAACCUAACACCUUGGGCACCAGGGUGCUAAUUGCAUAUGAGAAAGGAUUCUUAGUUCUUUGGGAUGUGUCAGAGGACCAUGCAAUUGCUGUUCGAGGCUACGGGGACUUGCAUAUGAAGGGUCAAGUCACUGGCGCUCAAACAAAUGCUAGUGAAGAUCAAAUAGAUAAUGUUGACGAGAAUGAGGAAGAGAGAGAAAUUUGCUCUCUUUGUUGGGCAUCGAGAGGAGGUUCAACUGUUGCUGUUGGCUAUAUAACUGGAGACAUACUUCUAUGGGAUAUGACUGCAGUAUCCUCUAGACAAGGCAAACAAACUGAUGUUUCGUCUAAUGUUGUUAAGCUGCAGCUGGCUUCUGGGAGUCGCAGGCUUCCUGUUAUUGUCUUGCACUGGUCUGCUGGGUCAGCAAAAGACAUCAAUAAAGGCGGGAAACUUUUUGUAUACGGUGGCGAUGAUAUGGGGUCUGAAGAAGUUCUGACGGUUCUUAGUCUGGAAUCAUCUAAUGGCCUAGAGUCAGUAAGAUGCGCGUCGCGGGUGGACCUCAAACUUGAUGGAUCCUUUGCUGAUAUGAUUCUUAUUCCAGAUACUGGGGUUCCAGACAAAAUACGAACUUCUGCACUUUUUAUAUUGACAAAUCCUGGACAGUUAAAUUUCUAUGAUGGUGGUGCUCUAUUUUCUGCACGGAAAUCAGAAGAGGAAUAUGCUCAGCCUGAGUCACAGAAAUUUCCAGUCGUAGUUCCUACAAUUGAUCCCAGCAUAACAGUUACGAAUAUGUAUUCACUAACUGGGAGAAAGCAUCCAAGUAUUUCAUUGAAGAAAUUUUGUGCUAGGCAAAUUGUCGCACCUCCGAUAUCAGGGAAUAUGAAAUGGCCUUUGACUGGUGGGGUUCCUAGUGAAAUGUCACUGAAGGAAGAUCAUGCAGUUGAAAGAAUAUAUGUUGCAGGCUAUCAAGAUGGUUCUGUGAGAAUAUGGGAUGCAACUUUUCCUAUUCUGAUGCCAAUGUUUGUCUUGGAUGCAAAGGUGUCUGAUGUUAUUUUGGAUGGAGCAAAUGCCUCUGUAUCAUCGCUGGCUUUUUGUUCAUUAAACAUGACUUUUGCUGUUGGCACAACAAGUGGUCUGGUCCGCAUGUAUAAACUUCAUGAGAACACUGGGGAUUCCAGCUUUCACUUUGUGAGUGGAUCUAAGCAGGAAGUUCAUGCUGUUCAUCAUGGGAGAGGGUUCCAUUGCCAUGUUGCCUUUAUGGGAUCAAAUUCCCCUGUGCGAUCUCUCAGAUUUACAUCUUCAGGAGAGGCCCUUGCAGUAGGAUAUCAAAAUGGCCAGGUGGCUAUGUUUGAUGCAAGUCAACUGUCAGUGAUGUUCUCUGUGGAUUGUACAUCAGGAACAAAUUCUCCCAUGGUUUCACUCAGCAUUUAUAGUGUUGGUGCCUCUUCUGCAAAAGCAGGCCCGUCCCUGAAAGAGAUUGCUACAAGUGAAAAAUUUCCAACAGCUGUUAUACUUUCCUUAAGUAAGGAUGCACGUCUUACUGUAGUUGACAGCACAAGUGGUCUGAUCGUAAAUUCACUUCUGCUAGAUGAGAAGCAAUCUUCUGCACUUUUGAUGUAUGUCCUCAUAGAUGGAGCUUCAGAUGAAGAGCAAGCCCCAUGUCAAAGUCAGACAGGGAAAGAAGGACAUGUUCUCGACCAAAAGCAAGCACAAGGAGCCGAAAUUAACAAGAAAAAUGCUUCUCUACAUCCACAGAGUGGCGGUUCAGAUUCACUUCUUUUGGUCUGCUUUGAGGAUGUGGUGCUUUUAUUUUCUCUGGCAUCAUUGAUUCAGGGAAGCAACAAGCAUCUACAUAAAACCAAGCUCACAAAAAAAUGCUGCUGGUCAGCAAUUUUCAAGAACAAGGAUGAUAAAGCUUGUGGGUUGAUAUUAUUUUAUCAGACAGGCGUCAUAGAAUUGAGAUCUUUGCCAAGCUUAGAUAUUCUUGCUGAGAGCUCCUUGAUGGAGUUACUAAGAUGGAGUUACAAGACAGGCAUGGAUAAAACCAUGAGCUCCUCAAAUGGACAAAUUGCUCUGGUUAAUGGAUCUGAAUUUGCAAUCAUCUCUCUUAUAGACUCGGAGAAUGACUUCAGGAUUCCAGAAUCAUUGCCGUGCCUUCAUGAUAAAGUACUUGCAGCAGCAGCUGAAGCAGCUAUGAGCAUCUCGGCAGACCAGAAAGGAAAGCAGAAUCCGGCAGCAGGAGUUAUUGGUGGCAUUAUAAAAGGAUUAAAAGGCAAAGCGGAUGAAACUGCAAACCUGAGAAGAAGUUUCAAUUCACAAACCCCCAGUGAAUUAUUGGAGUCGAUUUUCUUGAAAGGAUCAUAUGUUGAAUCAUCACUAGCAUAUCCUGAUGAUCCAAUAGAAGAACUGUCAAUUGAUGACAUAGAAAUUGACGAUGAAGUGCCCCUAUCCCCUCCGCCAGCAUCAUCCUCUGCAUCUCACACGAAUUAUAAAACAACAGUAGAGGACGAGAGAGCGAAACUGUUUGAAGGAUCAAGUGAUGCUGACAAACCAAGAAUGAGAAGUACCCAAGAAAUUCUCACCAAAUAUAAGUUUGGCGGGGACGCAACAGCUGCUGCUGCCCAUGCCAAGGAUAAGCUCAUGCAGCGGCAGGAGAAACUCGAGAGAAUAAGCCAACGGACCGCGGAGCUUCAGGAUGGAGCGGAAAAUUUCGCUUCACUCGCCCAGGAGCUCGCAAAAACAAUGGAAAACAAGAAGUGGUGGAAACUAUAAACUAUGUGUUUUUUCCCAUCAUUUGGCUGCAUACUAUGCGGAGUACAUCCAACUCUUGGUACUCGGGAGUGCUUCAUUUGUGGGUUGUUAUUUAUCGUGGCAUAGUUCCGCCCAUUCCAUCCCUUCUUGUGGUGUGUAUAUUAUGUUCAUGGUUGACAAACAACAACUUGUCAAGGUGAUUGUCUACCUUGCCACUAGAUUGAAGACAGAGACAGCAUGGCUUCUUUGGAUGCAUUAGCUUAGGUUAAUGUUGUAUACCACCAUGAAUCAUCAUAUGUACCAUAGAUUUUUUUUUCUCUUGUGUGGUUUCUGUAAAGUUAAAAAAGACAAUAAAUUGAACUGCUUGCAUUGGGAAACAGGAAAGAGCAGUGUAACAUUGUUGCUAGUUGGUUGUAUCUGAUGUUGACACAUUUUCUCUAA